CAGGAUGAGGGAUGCUUUUGACCCUAGAUCUCGUCGGCAGUAAAUGAUUACUCGAUCUCCUGAGCUGGAUGGAGCAAAUCCAGAGCCAGGGCUGAUUCCAGUACAUAUCCCGUGAGUUCAAAGCGGCAGUAUUCAUACUGCGCCCCACCUGGCGCUCGAGCUCUUGCUAAACUCUUUGUUGAAUGCCCUUCCAAUAACCAUCCGUCUGAUCUCCGACGUACCAGCUCCGAUUUCAUACAGCUUCGCAUCUCUCAUAAUUCGUCCAGCCUCCAUCUCAUUCAUAUACCCCAUUCCGCCGAGACAUUGAAUCGCAUCCAUACCACAUUCCGUCGCUCGCUCCGCAGCGUACAAGAUCGCACCAGCGCAGUCCACGGUCCGAAUGUCAGGAUGCUCAUAACUUUGGUCGAUGAAGCGGGCGAUGGAGUAUGUGAAAGCUGCACUGGCGCGGUACUUGGUGUACAUGUCUGCGAUCUUGCCUUGGAUGAAUUGAUUGUGUGCUAGGGGGAUUCCGAAUUGCUUGCGCUCGUGAACGUAUGGGAGAGUGCAGUCCAGUGCGGCUUUCAUGAGACCGAGAGGUCCCGCGGAGAGCACCAGUCCUCCAACCCAAUGCCGACUGCAACGACGGACCGCCGCGACAUACUCGAGCCCUCAACAAGCCGCGCAAUUAUCGAUCAUACAAACAACGGUGGAUACUCAAAGCAAUGGCUACAAGGAGAAUGCGGCAGCAAUGGCCGAAUACACGGCUAGACUUGCGGAGCUACACGCAACGGCAGCAAAAGGAGGUUCAGAAAAGUCAAGAAAGAAGCACGUGAAACGAGGGAAGAUGUUGGUCAGAGAUCGAAUUACAGCCUUGAUCGAUCCGGGCACGAGCUUCCUCGAGCUAAGUGCUUUGGCUGCUCACGAUAUGUAUCCUGGCGAGGACGUUCCUGCUGCCGGCAUUGUGUCUGGCAUUGGCACCGUCGAGGGCGUGCAGUGUGUGAUCCUCGCGAACGACAGCACUGUCAAAGGAGGCUCAUACUACCCGAUGACGAUUAAGAAGCAUCUCCGAGCACAAGAAAUUGCACAGCAGAACCGCUUGCCUUGCAUAUAUCUGGUCGAUUCUGGCGGUGCCAACUUGCCAAAUCAAGCGGACGUGUUCCCCGAUAGGGACCACUUCGGUCGCAUGUUCUUCAACCAGGCUAAUAUGAGUGCUAUGGGCAUCCCUCAGAUCAGUGUGGUGAUGGGAUCAUGCACAGCUGGAGGAGCCUAUAUUCCCAGCAUGAGCGAUGAGAGCAUCAUCGUUGCUGAGCAGGGCACGAUCUUCCUCGCAGGUCCACCACUUGUGAAGGCUGCAACGGGUGAGGAGGUUACUGCCGAAGAGCUCGGUGGUGGCAAGCUUCACUCCGAAGUAUCCGGCGUGACGGACUACCUCGCAGUAGACGAUGCGCACGCACUGGUCCUCGCACGCCGAAGUAUAUCCAACCUCAAUUACCCGACCACACCAAACCCGUCUAGAAAGCAGGCCUGGAAAGAGCCGCUCUACGACAUCGAGGAGCUCGGCGGGAUUGUCGGCACAAAUCUCAAACAGAGCAUAAACAUGCACGAUGUGAUCGCCCGCAUUGUCGAUGGCUCGGAGUUUUCGGAAUUCAAGCCCAGCUAUGGCACGUCUCUCUUGACCGGCUUUGCCACAAUCCACGGCCACCCCGUUGGCAUCAUUGCGAACAACGGCAUUCUGUUCAGCGAAAGCAGUCUGAAGGGUGCUCACUUUAUCCAGCUCUGCUGCCAACGCAAUAUUCCUCUCAUCUUCUUGCAGAACAUUUCUGGUUUCAUGGUCGGUCAGGACGCUGAGAAGGGAGGUAUUGCGAAGAACGGGGCCAAACUGGUCACCGCGGUGGCAUGUGCCAGCGUUCCCAAGUUCACCGUCUUGGUGGGAAGCUCAGCCGGUGCUGGAAAUUACGGCAUGUGUGGUCGCGCGUAUAGCCCGAGGUUCUUAUGGAGCUGGCCUUCAGCAAAGACAAGUGUCAUGGGUGCAGAGCAGUUGACGAAUGUCAUGGCUGCUGUAGGUAAGAAGGUUGAUCCGGAGUUGAAGGCGAGGAUUGAGCGAGAGAGCGAGGUUACUUUUGGGACAGCACGGCUGUGGGAUGAUGGUGUAAUUCCACCUUCACAUACGAGGCGUGUCUUGGGCAUGGGUUUGGACGCUGCCAUGACGGGCAGUGUGGAGACAAAGGAGACAAGGUUUGGUGUGUUCAGGAUGUGAGCGGGCACGUCUGCUAUAUACCACGGAAAACUAUCCUUCCGUGCUCCAUAAGGUAUCUAUCGUGCCGUCCACUUCUGGGAAUGGUUGGACUUCCAGAUAGCAUCGACCGGAGUCGGGUGGUCAUUUGAGCUUCGUGUAUGACCAAAGAGCCGUCUAU